UCAACACAAUCAUUGGCCAGUAGAGUAGAGGCUGUUGGAUGACCGGCGGAAGAAAAGAACAUGUACUAAAGGCGAACGUUGUCGAUCGAGCAGUUUGCUGUGCUCCGAUCCGUCUGAAAUUCUCAAGCCAGAAUCUAGCUUAGCUAGCCCAGCCAACACCCUCAGAACGGCCACGCACGAAGACACGUUCCUCUGCAAGCAAAGCAGCAGCAGCGACUGCACGGCCACCCCACCGCCCUACCAACGGCGGAGACACGACGCCUCCGCAAAUCAAGUGAAAACACGGCAGGGGGCCAGCGGCUAGCUCGUUGCUAAAGCUGCUAUUUUGGCGAGCACAUGCACGCUUUAUAUGGCUGCCGUUCCCAAAGAUGCCAAGCUAGCUAGCCGCCUAGCCCUUCUUGCUGCUCCUUCUCCUUCUCCUUCUUCUCCCGCUCCACUCCAUUCCCCGGCUCGAUCGCCGCAAUGGCGCUCCGACUAACGCUCGCCGCCGUCGCACUCGCCGUCCUCGCAGCGGCGGCGGCGAGUGGCGCCAGCGCCCCCGCCUCGGCGCUGGGGAUCAACUACGGGCAGGUCGCGGACAACCUCCCGCCGCCGCAGGCGGCCCUGGUGCUGCUCCGCGCGCUGAACGCGACGCGGGUGAAGCUGUACGACGCGGACGCGCGCGUGCUCCGCGCCUUCGCGGGGUCCGGGGUCGACUUCACCGUGGGCGUCCCGGACCGCCUGGUCCCGCGCCUGGCCGCGGACCGGGGCGCGGCGGCCGCGUGGGUGCGCGGCAGCCUGCUGCCCCACCUCCCCGCCACGUCCAUCACCGCCGUCACCGUGGGCAACGAGGUGCUGUCGGGCACCGACGCCGCCAUGCACCGGGCGCUGCUCCCGGCCAUGGAGGCCCUCCACGCGGCGGUGGCCGCGAGCAACCUCACCUCCCGCGUGGCCGUCACAACGGCGCACUCCCUCGCCGUGCUGUCCUCCUCGUUCCCGCCGUCCGCCGCGGCGUUCCGCCGCGAGGUGGUCCCCUACAUGGCGCCUCUGCUCGGGUUCCUGGCCCGCACGGGCGCGCCGUUCCUGGUGAACGCGUACCCUUACUUCGCGUACAAGGCGGACCCGGCGCGGGUGGACCUGGGCUACGCGCUGUUCGAGCCCGGCGCAGGCGGCGUGGCCGACGCCGCCACGGGGCUGCGCUACGACAACAUGCUCCACGCGCAGGUGGACGCCGUGCGCGCCGCCAUCUGCGCGGCCAACUACGGCAGGGCGCUGGAGAUCCGCGUGUCGGAGACCGGGUGGCCGUCGCAGGGCGACGACGACGAGGCCGGCGCCACGCCGGAGAACGCCGCCAGGUACAACGGCAACCUCAUGCGCCUCGUGGCGCAGGGCAAGGGCACGCCCGCUGCGCCCGACGAGCCGCUGCAGGUCUACGUGUUCGCGCUCUUCAACGAGGACCAGAAGCCCGGCCCGGCGUCGGAGCGGCACUACGGGCUGUUCAAGCCCGACGGCACCCCCGCGUACAACGUCGGCGUCAAGGCGCCCACCAUCACGGUGCCCAAAGGCAGCGGGAGUGGGAACGGCACCGGCACUGGCGGCUUGGUUGUGGCGCAAGGACCCGGCGGCGCCGACGGCGUCGGGCCGGGCACCGGGUACUACACCGUGUCUGCCGCAUCAGUGUACAAUGUGAAGAGCAGACAGCGGCGGCGGCGGAGCCUGGUGGCGGCGGCUGCCGUCCUGGCCAUGGUGUCCGGGCUCUGGUAGUCUGGGACUGGGAGAGAACAGAUGACGAGAGACAGUCCAUGAAAGUGAGCGCACGCAUGCAGCUGAGGCAUAUCGAUCGUAUCAUAUCAUAUGCCAGCGAAUUCGAUUGAUUCAUCGUAUGGCUUGUAGCUGUGCUGAGGAAGACGGUAGACAUGCAUGCCUGUAUGUAAUUCAUGAUUCAUACACACACACACACUUGAUACUACUGCUCUGCUCUGGCCUCUGGUCGUUCUUCUCUUUGCAUUCGCAUCGAGUGGUGGGCUUUUGCAUAGUCGCUGGGCAUCUGCCGUCCGAGCCCACCAUCUCGUGAACCUUUUUUCUGAGCCCACGGACCCGGAAUCCCAGGCUCCAAACUCGGUCACCAACGGAGGUGGCCAGCGACGGCGUGGGCUCUUUUCCUUUCUGGACUAGGGCAGAAAAGCAAGAGUUUGGGCCAACUUAAAAUACAAUUGAUUUUACUCCUUUUCUAUUUUCCUCUCGUGUAACUUUUGAGUUAUUUCUUGGAGUGAGGGCAUGUUUUCAAUCCCUAAAAUUAAUAGUUAGUUGAUC